AAAUUGCACUUAAAUGAUGUUAAAAAAAGACUGGGGAGAUGUAUGCAAAGCUGUUUAAUAUAUUUGAAAUCAGAACAAUUUUAGAAAAAUGAGAACGUACUCACGCUUUUCGGAUUAAGAUUUAAGCAGGACAUCAUUCUCAGAUUUCACUAAAACAAUAUCUCAUGACUAAAAGAUUAAUCAAUGAAACUUAAAGUAGAGGAAGAAAAUUCGAAGUUACGAAGUAAAAAUAUUCAUCAUCAAACAUUACUAAAAUCUGCACCGAAUUUGAAUGAAAGCUGUACAAAUUAAUGAAAGCGAGACAAAAGCAAUUAGUGAGAUUUCUAAAAUAUGAACCUAUUACCAUAUAGUGCUGAACAGCUGCCUAAAGAAGAAGAAGAGAAAGCUUUAACUGCUAUUAAUGAAUCUGAACUUUUAAGGAAAGCCUGUAUGCAAACGCUUAAACACAUGCUUAAAGUUCAAGGAUUCAAACCAUUUCCUGAUGAGGAAUUCCUCUUGGCGCAUUUACGAGGGAGUGAAUUUGACUGCGACAGAGCAGCAUAUAGUCUUCUAACUUUCAACGAACUCAGAAGGAAUUCUCCUGCAUACUUUGAAACGUGUGUUUUGGAUGCAUUGACAAAAUCACACCUUAAUCCAUUGCGAAUAUCACCAUUCAGGUUGAAAGACAACAGUCUCCUGCUAAUAUCACGAUAUUUUGAAAUCGAUGUAGCUGAGUUACCUCUGCCGGAAAAAGUAUACCUGGACAUGAUUUCUUGCUUCGACUUAAUACGAAAUCCGAUCACUCAAAUUUGUGGAAUUACUUUUCUAAUGGAUGCUGGUGAUUUCACACUUUCUAAAAUUCCCCAAUACACUGACUACAAGUGGAUUACGACAGGUUCAUGCGUAAUAUUGAGUUCUUCUGUGAGGAUAAAGAAAAUACACGUCGUAAAUGUGUCUGAAGCAUUUAUAUCUCUAUACAAUGCAUUGAUUCCACUCAUGCCUAAGAAAGUGGUUGAUGUGCUUCAGUUUCAUUCUGACAGCACUGAGUUUAAGGAUCUUCAUGAGUUCAUACCACCUGAAAUACUUCCUGAAAAAUACGAAGGACAUUUAAAAGAAUGUGAGCUUAUAAGAAGCAAUGAUAAUAUACUCCAAAAGGAAGAUUUCUUCAGAAAAUACUAUCCUCUUUAAGAAAAAAAAAUAUAUAGAGUAUGAAAAAAAUGGUACUUGAAUGUUACUGUGUCUGAAUGCUACUGAGGUUUGAAUUUGUCCUAGCAAAAAAUUUGAAAUUAAAAGGAAUCUUGCUCUGUA